AUGAAUGUGAUGAAAAACAAUUUCAAAAAUAAGUUUGUCAGUAACUCUUUUAUUAAUCAAAGUUUAAUUGAUGAAUAUUGCAUUACUAAUUCUGAUGGUAUCACUGAGUGUAAUGUUGAAAUUACCGGAAUUGAUCCUACCUCUUAUCCUGCACAUCUUGUUAGACCAAUCCCUCUAACUGAGAAUAUUAUUGCUUUUCCUAUCUCAAAUGGAGUGUUUCAUGCUGUUCAUGAACAACUCAAGCACUUCCCUGAUUGCAAUCCAUCUGUGAAUGAGUCAAAAUCAGAUACUGAUAGUUUAUCACCUAACACUGAUCAAACUCCUCCUGAUACUUCUCAGACGAAUCUUAGCUGGAUUUGGCACAAAAGGUUUUCUCAUCUGAACUUCAAGAAUCUAUCCAAGAUAUCCAAUCAAGACCUAGUUAGAGGGCUCCCAAAAUUCAGCGUUGUGAAAGACAAGAUGUGCUCAGCUUGUGAACAAGGAAAACAAACCAAGUCCUCUUUCAAACCCAAGUCAUGUUCCAGUAUAUCAGUCCCUCUUUAUCUACUCCACAUGGACCUGUUUGGACCUAUUCCUGUUCGUUCACUAGGUGGAAAUAAGUAUACUCUAGUGGUCGUUGAUGAGUUCACUCGAUUUACUUGGGUAGUUUUCUUGAAGAAGAAAAGUCAUGCUGCACAGGAAAUUAUCUCACUGAUUCGUAAAAAUGAGACACUGACAGGUCUUAAAGUUAAGCAACUAAGAAGUGAUCAUGAAUCCAUUCAUGUGAAGUUUGAUGAGGAAUCAUACACUGAUGAAAAAGUCACUCAUUCUCCUUCUAUCUUUCAAGAGCUUCUCUCUUGUCCAUUCGAUGAAGCACCUUCUGCAGAAGAUAAGACUGAUUCCUCUGAUCCUAUCAUUCCAGUUCCAUGUUCCUUGAAUCAAGAUAUUGCAGCCACAUCAGCAGAUAAUUCAUUAAGUGCUGAUGAAACCCUUGAAGCUGAAGAUUCUCCUGAAACUGAUAAUGUGUCAGUGUCUAUCUCUCCGGAAUCAGCAUCAGUCAUUGAACAUCGAGAUCAUCCUGUUGAUCGAAUUAUAGGGAAUAUUCAUGAUGGUGUCCGAACCAGAUCUAGUGCACUUAAUAACUUUUGCAUAAUUCUCAAAUACUCUCCAAUGGCGGCAUCUCUGUUCACAUACUCCUCAACCUCUCGAAGAGUCGUUCCUGCCCCAAACUCUCCUCCACUUCCAAUUCACAUCAAGGCAACCAAUGUCGUCUUCAACCCUGACAUUCCAGAGGUUCAUCGAGGUCUUGGACUCGAUGAUUUCGUCAAUUUCUUGGCUUCUUGCCGCCUCCGAUAUGCAAUCAGUGAUGUACCGUCCGAGUUCUUCCCUGAACAAGUAUGUGAGUUUUACUAUACUGCAACAGUUAAUGAAGAAAACAAUGCCAUCACCGGAACCAUUGGUCAUGGCAGACACUCUGUCUUCAUCACCGCAGAACUACUCAGUGCUGCUUUAAGGUUACCAAUUUUCGAACCCUUUUCUGAACCUCCAACUAUUGAAAGAUGUAAACGAAUAUUUGAUCAACUGGGCUAUGAUCAUUCAAAGGCUGGUACUCGAUCAGCUCUUAUUUUGCGUCAGUGCAUGACCCCAGGCUGGAAGUUUUUCACUGGUGCUUUAUGCAAGUGUGUGGGUCACAAGUCUCGCAGUGGUGAUCAAUUGAGCAAUUAUGAGCAACAAGUCGUCUGCUCCCUUCUUCUCAACAAAAGAUUAGAUUAUGGGGCACUAUUCUUUGAUCAGCUUGUUCAGCUUCUACGUGCAAAUGUGCGUGCUGAUCAUGUUCCCUUUCCACGCUGGAUUGCCCUGGUGUUCGACAAAUUCUUCGCUGCUGACUACUUUUCUCACUCUGGGAAUCCAAUCCAAUGCCCUCGAAUGUCCGUUCGUAUGUAUCAGGAUGAUCCUUUGGAUACUGACAUUGGAAUCUCCGAUAGGAUGAGAGAAUGGAUUGCCAAUCCAUACACUAUGCCUUCUCUCACCGCUGACACUGAUGAAGGAGGUGCUGAUGGUAAUCGUAUGGAUCAUGCUGAUCAAGAGGUGGAACAUCAUGAUGGCGGCCAUUUCUCCCCUCAACUUUCUCAUCACCUCAUCUCGGCCACUGGCAAAGCCUCCUCAGCACCACAGGAUUCCAUGCCUCUGGGGGGCAACCAUCACAGGGGGAGCAUCAGUCUCAGGGGGAGCAUCCAUCACCAGCAGCUCACCACUUCUCUCCAAGGAUGCAACCUAGCUCUCCAGUUGCCCAGGUACCUCAAUGGUUCAAAUUCCCGCUUCAGCAUUUUCUGA